AAACGCCAUCUUUAAACCCCACAAGAGGCCAGUCACAGUUGUAUUACCGGGGAUGAAAAAACACAUUACAGCGGAAUAUAAGUUCAGAUCAUGCAGCUGGUAUGAUUACUCUCCGGCUAAGUAACCCAUAAGGAACUGUCUGAUGGGACUGUGAGGAGCUGGUCACUGGACACCACGGGAGCCUUAAAUAAGUGUUGUCAUAGACGGGCAAUAACAAUAGACGGAAAGACGACAACAACAACGGACUAGCUAACUCGCUAGUACUGCGCUGAUUUCAAAUGCUAACUGAGAGCUAAGCUAACGAGAGCUACUUCAUCAGCAAAUCUUGUUCGGCUGAUGCGCUGAUAUUUGACCACACGCAAGAUUAUAGCAGGUUGCUAAGUAUCCAGCAACACAUACUUGGACUGUGUUUCAUCUCUUUGCCACUUUUAAAGCCAUUUUUAGGAGUGAGAAUUACGUAGUGGCGCUAGUUAGCCGAGAGCUAAGUCCCGACUUCUCCCCCUCCCCAGCGGCCCGGCCGGAGAUGCACGGAAGAUGUCGGUGUCGGGGCUGAAGGCCGAGCUGAAGUUUUUGGAAUCCAUUUUUGAUCCGAACCACGAACGCUUCAGGAUCAUUGACUGGAAACCUGAUGAACUGAGCUGUCAGUUUAAUGUAACAGGAGAAAAGCUCUUAAUUAUCCACUGUAACAUAACGGAAUCUUAUCCAUCUACGCCUCCGAUAUGGUUUGUGGACUCUGAUGACCCGAGCUUAGCGCAAGUUUUGGAGAGGUUGGAAGAUGUGAGAAAAGGAAGCACCCUGCUUUUGCAGCAGUUGAAGAAACUCAUUUGUGACCUUUGUCGGCUGUACAACCUUCCCCAACAUCCAGAUGUGGAGAUGCUGGACCAACCCCUGCCUGCAGGCCCCGUGGGACAAGACCGAAAGCAUGGGACAGAGGAGGUCACAUCAGAAGAAGAAGAGGAAGAGGAGAUGGGAGAGGACAUAGAGGAUCUGGACCACUAUGAAAUGAAAGAAGAGGAGCCUGUGGACGGGAAGAAGUCUGAGGAUGAUGGCAUCGAGAAGGAGAAUCUGGCCAUCCUGGAGAAAAUCCGAAAGAACCAGAGGCAGGACCACUUGAAUGGAGCUGUGUCUGGUUCAGUGCAAGCUUCUGACCGCCUGAUGAAGGAGCUUAGAGAGAUCUACAGGUCUCAGAGUUACAAGACAGGUAUCUAUUCAGUCGAGCUUGUUAAUGACAGCCUGUAUGAAUGGCACGUCAAACUAAGGACGGUGGAUCCAGAUAGCCCCUUACACAGUGAUUUACAAGUCCUAAAGGAAAAGGAAGGAAUGGACUACAUUUUACUAAACUUCUCAUAUAAAGAUAAUUUCCCCUUUGAUCCUCCGUUUGUCCGGGUGGUUUCGCCAGUGCUUUCUGGGGGGUAUGUUCUUGGAGGAGGUGCCCUGUGCAUGGAACUUCUCACCAAACAGGGUUGGAGCAGUGCCUAUUCCAUUGAGUCUGUCAUCAUGCAGAUCAAUGCCACUUUAGUCAAAGGAAAAGCCAGAGUGCAGUUUGGAGCCAAUAAAAACCAGUACAAUCUCGCCAGAGCACAGCAGUCCUAUAAAUCCCUGGUUCAGAUCCAUGAAAAGAACGGCUGGUACACACCCCCUAAGGAGGACGGUUAAACAGACUCUUGCUUUCCUGCACUGGGACCACAUGUCAUUGAUUCUUAUUUUCUUGAGACCAAUAUUUUUUUUAAAUCCUGAAAACCAUUUUGUUCUCUACAUAAGAGUUUGAACUCCAAAGCAAAGUUCUCAUUCAGUGACCCCCCCUCCCCCCCCCCCCCCAGAUACUAGCACAUAAACACACAUCCCCACCCGACAUUUUCAUCAGCUACACGCAAGGGUAUGUCCUCUUCAGAUAUUUAUCUCUGUGUACAUCCUUUUGUAUUUUACGAUCUAAGUUUUCAUCUUGGCAUUCAUCGCGUAUGUCAGGAAACCGGUGGUCUAAUUAUUGCGUCAAGUCACCAUUUUGGUUUUGGCGUCGAGCAUGCCGAGGUUACCUGCUGGCUGUGAGUUGAAAGGUGCAGCAUGGCUUUAUCCAGCAGUCUGUUGCUCCGGUCGCUAGACUCUGCCUCUUUGGCCACAGACUGGAUCGGAAAAUGGCAUGCGACAUUUCCCUGAUGCGAUGCAGUGGUGGCUGGGAAGACACUUCAAAGUGGCCGAUGGGAAGAACCACUGCUUUUUCUUUCCAUGGACAGCCUCUGUAAUAUUGUGCUCAUGUAUUAUCUUUACAAAAUACCAAGAUCCCUCCUCUGGAAUAAUGUGCUUCUGAGGCUUGCUCGCUUCCAAACCUCUUAUCUAUAAAAGCUUGAAGCCCUGAGGUGGAAGGGGGGUGGGUGGCUAAAAGGACUUUUGCAGCCUGAAUGGGACAGCCCAGAUGAAGAACAACAUCCUGCUGAGCUCCAAGGUUGGAGACCACCGGCAUCAUCGCAACCAGCUACGGGACAUCUCCCUGCAGGGAUGGGUUUGGUGUACGGCUAGAAACAUGAGGAAGCGAAGCGGGGGCGUGCUUGGAUUAUCACACUGUAAUGUAGUUGAUUUUAACUCCUCGUGUAAACAUGUACAUUUGUAUUUCUGCAAAAGGAUUUAAUUGUUUAUAAUGUAACCUUGUCUGGGUCUUUGGCUUUGCAGAGACUUGUAUUACUAUAUACCCUUGACUAUUAACAGCAAGGGCACUGCAACUUCCUGAGACCCAUUUAGAAUAAGAAAAAGUUGCUUCAUGGAUACUCUUGCAGAAGGAAACAAAAGUAUGCCAUGUUCUUAUGUAAGCUUAAUGACUACUGCGGUUUUUUUUUGUUUGUUUUUUUAAUAUUGAUUAGUAAUCCUCAUGUUAUUGGCAACAUUUACAGAUCCAUUCCCCUCACUGGAUGGCACCUCUUAACUACAGCAGGCGUAACAAUAAUGGCACAGACACUGCUGUUUUCUGGCAUUCGAGAUGUUUGGCUUUUCAUAUCUGAUCACUCAAACCGGAUGAACCUCAGUAAGGUCAUGCAGUGAAGACGCAGUCUUGAGGAGUUUUGUUGUACUGAAGAAACUUAAGUCUUAACAGCUUACUUUACAGUGUAGUCACCUGCUUGGUUCUUGUAGCAGGUUCACAUCCUGAGCACUUUGCCAAUCUGGCAGUCAUAACAAACAGUUCACAGGAAGGGAAAAAAAAAGUGACCUUUGCCUUCUGACUUUUCCUUGACCUCAUGGCUGGUUUUUUAAAAUGCAGCCGGAGUUUGAAAUUCACAGCAAUAGUCUCGACCGUAUACCUUCUGGCUUCACACCUGGGGAGAUCACUGGAGUCUAUUCCAUUUCCAGAAUAUUUCUGUCGAUUUGAUAAAUAUUUGUUCAGAUUUGCCACAGGAAAGGACCCAGCUCUUCCCAUUAGCACUUCUCUGGCUACUAUUCAUAACCACUCCCAGCACUGCUGCCCCCUCUCAGCGUGCCGGGUCUUUGAUGUAAUGUGAAUAAUAUGCAGAAAACUGUUUGGAUCAUUCCAAUUAAUGCAGUUAUACGUUUGUUGUGGGUGUUCUAUUGUGUGGUUACUUGCAUUGUUUUAAGUAUAUUGUCCUGAAAACCAGCAUAGAAAGCUUAGUUGUGCUAAUUCAUACAGGCAUUCCUCAUUUUUGAGUUGAUUUUAAGUAUUUUUUCUCAGUGAUAUUAACCUCAGCCACCAAUAUCUUUAAAACAGGCAGAUGGGUAUCAAACAGACAGCCUGUUCUAAACUCAUUUGCUGGAUGUGUAUAACAGAUUUCUAACUGAUUUCAUGUUUCACCACAAGCAAAUUCUCAACAGGACUUAAGGUCUUUGGCAUGGUUGUUAGCUGUUGUGAUGCCAUUGGUAAUGUAUCAGUCACUUCAUCCUGGUCACAUUGUCAAGCCCACCCCUGCAUUAUCUGAAGAAGCAAACUCAGGAAUACAUACUGCACACUCGACUUUGCUAAAGAUUGCUUCAGAAUUAGUCAUGAAACAUAAGAUUGAAUGCGUCAAUCUUUUGUUGGGCCAUAUUAAAAUGAUGCCUCAGUUAAACCAAGAGGCAUCGCAGUGUGGUUUGCUGUUGAAUUGGACACUCUUAGAUUGAUUCCAUGGUUGAUAAAUAAUUAACAAGCAAGUUUUGGAAUGAUCAGACUAUAAGUAUCCUGUUUUACUAGGCUUCAGACCACCCUGUUUCUUUGAUAUUGCUGUAUUUUGCAUGUCAAUAUAUCAAUGGGUGUUUUUUUCCCCAAGUGAUGGAAGGUAAAGAGUGGUUGGGUUGGGUGGUAAAAGACUAGUUGUAUCGAUUUUUCAUAAAUUGUUUACUUAACUUUAUCAGUGCACAGGAUAACUUCUCACUGUGUUCUACUUAAUGAACCAGGUCGUAUAAGAGACACAUGGACUUACAGGACAUUCCACCUGUUCUGAGUUUCUUUCUAAAGAUGCCAGGAUUCCCAUCAAAAGUAGCAGUGCAGAUGUGUUUGCCAUCAGAUACCCAACUAUUGGAAUAGCCGUAAAUAUAAGUAUGUUGUGCACUGAAUAACAGCUUCUCUGACACCAUCUCAUAUCGUCCAACUAACAGAAACCUUCUCUGCUUUGGGGAGCAACAAAUUGGUCUGAGGUCUGAAUUAGCCUGAUACUGGGUUCUGUGCCGUGCUUCAUUAACUGCAGUGGCCGGGUUAUAAAGUUAUGCACUGUUAGCAUGCUUUGGUUUGGUUUCAUUUUUUUUUCCAUUGCAAGGGUGAUUUUGAACAUGUAAAGUAAUUUGUAAACUUGCAUCAAGUUUAUGAAUAAAGAAUUUUAUGAAAUAUA